UAUCCCCACUGUAUCGGGAUUUCCUGACGCAGAGCUAAAGUUUAGUCGGCGCCCUAUCCACAUUACACAUUGCUUUACACUCAGCGCAGGCAGAGGGAGAGGGCGAUUUGCGAGUCGGUCUUUGCAAACCUGCCGUUCACAUCGCAAGAGGGUUAACCAUGGCUCCAACUCAGUUUUGCACACACACACUUUUGUGUUUUAUUUAUUGCUCGUUACUCAUAAGUAGUGUGUUUUGCGACGCCGAAGCCGAAGAAGAUGAACAUGCCAAGCACUCGUACACGGUAGAAAUGUUCAACGAUGCUGUGCCUACCGCUCCACACUUUGUCAUGUUCUAUGCUCCUUGGUGCGGCCAUUGCCAGAGGCUCCAGCCUGCAUGGAACGAACUGGCUGACAAAUACAACAGUAUGGAGAAGCCUCCAGUCUACGUGGUUAAGGUGGACUGUGUCCUGGACACCAAAUUCUGCUCCAAAGACCACGCUGUCAGGGGUUACCCAACUCUGAAGCUGUACAGGCCGGAUCAGGAGGCCGUGAAGUACACGGGCCCCAGGGACCUGCCGUCUCUGGAGACAUGGCUGCUGAAGACCCUCCAGGACGAGCCUGAGGAGCCAGAGAGCGAGCCAGAACCUUCAGCUGCCCCGGAGCCCAAGCAGGGCUUGUAUGAGCUCACCGUCAGCAACUUCAAAGCCCACCUCGCCAAAGGAGCCCACUUUGUCAAAUUUUUCGCCCCGUGGUGUGGCCACUGCAAAGCAAUGGCUCCUACCUGGGAGCAGCUGGCCACAAGCUUCGAGCACUCUGAAGAUGUCAAGAUCGGCAAGGUGGACUGUACUCAGCACUACGAGGUGUGCUCUGAGAACGCCGUGCGCGGAUACCCCACCCUGCUGUUCUUCAGCAACGGGCAGAAGACAGAGCAGUACCGGGGCAUGCGGGACCUGGACUCCUUCAAGGAGUUUGUGAAUAACCAGGUGAAGGCGGCAGCCGCCGCGCAGCCAGAGGCCGCAGACCCGUCGGACAACGAGAUCCCCACAGACCCCCCGGCCCAGGAGGUGGAGGCCGAGGUGGAGGUUAAGUCCGGAGUGUUGACCCUGACGGAAGGCAACUUCGACGAGACGGUAGCCAAGGGCAUCUCCUUCAUCAAGUUCUACGCUCCAUGGUGUGGUCACUGCAAGAACCUGGUUCCCACAUGGGAGGACCUGUCCAAGAAGGAGUUCCCGGGCCUCACCGACGUCAAGGUGGCCAAGGUGGACUGCACCGUGGAGCGCACCCUCUGCAACCGGCUCUCUGUGCGCGGCUACCCUACCCUGAUCAUGUUCAAAGCCGGUCAACAGGGGGAGGAGCAUCACGGUGGGCGGGACUUGGAAAGCCUGCACUCCUUUAUCAUGAAGCAGGCCAGAGACGAGCUUUAGGACGGCCCAAUCAGCACUCGCCAUUCAUCACUUUGCCCCGCCCACACUGCAUUUCUGGACAUUGGGACCCACCCUCCCGUCUGCUGCCCCCCCCGCCCCCCCCCCCCCGGCCAACUAUCCUUCGGCAGCUCCCUGUAAUCAUUUCACUCCUCAGAAGUGGAGUGUGGCUCUGUGACGGACUGCUACAAACUGUUUAUUUGAAUUCUUAGGUUUAUUUGUUUCACCCCUGGGAUCAAGGGCAGUUUGAUUAAGUAGUGUUUCGGGGUGGGAUCUGUAUUUCUCUACUGUUAUCUGAAGGAAUUAGUUUGCCCUUGCAAGCUACAUUAGUUUUUUUAAAGAACCACUUUGCUGGCAAGUACUUAAUCAACCAUAACCUCUCAAAGUGGUGAUUAAAAGAAACUUUUGUCCCGGAAAGUGAACACUCUUCAAAGCCGGUAUUCAAAGGUUCUAUCUUGCCAAUAUGAAAAUUAUAACUGACGUUUCUGAAGACCUUUUUUUUAUAUUAAAUCAAUUUUUCUACAAGUGAUCUAUCAAAGAGCCAUUAAUGUAACUGUAUAAAAGUGAGAAUAUGAUCAAUGCACCUUCACCCAACCCCCCCCACCCCACCGGCCUCCAUUGUGAAGUUGAGCGUUAAGUUUUAGAGGACUUUUAAAUCCACCACCGUAUGGGCCUAGUUUACUUGACACUCAGGGAAAUGCAAAUGUUUACCGGUUGUGUUGCUGUAUGCAGAGCGGACAUUUGUUUCCUGCGUUAAGCUUGAUUUAACCCAAACUAGAGCUAGACCAGCUGGUCUCCGUUUUUGCAAAAAUGUGAUGCGUGUUUGUGAGAGUGGUUCUUCUCAAUAAUUGCAAUGAAAAAAAGUCUGAAUGGUGAUAGACUUUCAAACAACAAAAAGCAUUUAUUUUAUUUUUUUUUGCUUCUUUUACUCUGCGGUACGGUCCCCUAAACUUGCAAGUGUAUGCGUUCUUAGAGAGGGUCAUGUGAGUUUAGGGGGAGAAUUUGAGUCCAAACAGCUGCGUUGUCACCUAACUGUGAAGGGGAAAAUUGGGAUGUGGUUCACACACUGAUUUAUAAAAAGACGUGGCUUAUGGGUUUCAUUUAGUCUCAAUUGACACCGUAGCAACUUUAGUGUGGUUUAGACGGCAUCCAUUUUUAUCUGUAAAAACAUUUGAUCACUAUUGUUGCUCAUGUAUACCUCUUUCUACUGUUUAUGUAAAAGUCAACAUUUCCUUACUCCAAAUGUUGUUUUUGUGUGGCAGCCUGCAGGUGGAGGUUGUCAAAAUGAACUGACCAGUUUCUGAAAAAAAAAACAAAUUUCUAACA